UAUCCAGUAUCAAAUAAUUUUUACACAUGAAAUAUAAAAAAAAUGACAAUUUUACAUAAAACUGUAAUAGCCGUCCUGAAAGUAAAAAUGGCAACAAUGCAAGAGUCCGUCUUCCAUAUAUCUAAUCAUAGCCGACUCUAGAGUCAGCUCUGUUUCUCUAACUAAAAAUGGGUUUCCUGAUGCGGUGUUGCCACGUUUUUCAGCAGUUCUAGUACUUACUAGAGUCGGCUGUGAUAAAACUAUUAGCUGCACUGAUUAACUUUAAUUCAAUUGGUUAAUUUCAAAUGUAAUAUUUAGAAAUGGCCGCCAAAUACCGGUUUUCUGCUAAACGAUAUUUAUUAUUUCCAACUUUAUAAGUGUGUCUAUGUAUGUUAAAAGAACGCGUGUGCUUUAUAUUUUUGGAAUGUACGAAUAAGAAUUAUUUAUUGUACAUGCCCACAUGUAUACAUAAUUAUAUUUCACAUAAUGGACAAAUACCAACACGUAAGAACAUUUAUAUCAGCGGUUUUAGAAUAUACUAAACAUCCAAGUGAAACAACCGCUUCAAUUUUACAACGAAAUCUUGGGGUAAUAAGUACAUCAUUGGAUUUAAGCAUUUUUGACCCUGGAACUAACAUAGCAGCAGAGUUCUAUGUUAGUUUGCAUGAGCUGAUGAAUUCUUUAGCUUCCAGAACUACUUUGAUUUGGAGUGCUGUGGAUGUUUUACAAAAUGCUUGUCGCAAUGCUGCUGCAAGACAAGCUCUCAUCCAUACAUUUAAAUUUGCACCUAUACUGGCAAGAUUAUUGGAAGCAAAUUUAACAAGCGAAAAGAGAAUACGAGUAUUAAAACUACUACAAGAAUUGACAUAUGGAAUAAAAAUUUAUUGGCAAGAAGCUCAUUUACCAUAUCUGGUAUCAGUAUUAACACAAUGGGUGACACAAUCUAGGGAAGAAAACAUUAUUGCACUUUCCUUAGGUGUACUAGUAAAUCUCUGUUACAAAAAUCUUCCAGCUGUAUAUAUAUUAAUAAGAACGAUUGAUACAAAAGCAUUCAUACGAACCUUAUUAAAAAUACAACAUUAUAGUGUUAAUACCAAAGUACAAUGCUGUAAGCUUUUGAUUAUAUUAGAACAUACAAAUACAAAUAUUUCGGAAAAAUCUAUUUGGGAUUUUGCUGAUGUCACAUUCAGCAGUUUUAUUACAGCAAUGAAACAAAAGGAUGUUCUGUUACUGAGACACAUCAUAGAUUUCUUUGACUAUGUUGGACAAAAUGAAUAUUCCCAUGCUGUGUUGUUAACAUAUCCACAUUAUGGCAGAGGUGUGGAAAAUAUAUUGGCCACAUUAGAAGAUAAUGCAGAUCCAGAAUGUGUUGCUCUCAUGAUGGAAUUUUUGUCAUUUCUAGUAAAAUUAAAAUUAUCUGCUUUGGUGUCUUUAUAUCCUUUAUGUGUAAAAACUGCAAUGACUUGGGUUCCUGUAGAACAGGUGUGCUCCAGAGCAUUAACUUUAAUAAGAGUUACAGUAAUUGAUGCACGACGUACUAAAUUGUCAUCUGAAGUGCUAGCAGAAUUAGAUGCUUCAGUUUUAAUGCUCAUAAUAAAUUCAGAAAAUGAUGAAAUUCAAGGAAAAUGUGAAUUAACAUUAGAAACAGAAACGAAAUUAGCAGAAUUAAUGCAAUUAUUUCAAGAAAUGGUUAAAACAUCUACACUCAGAACAAAAGUGAUGCAAUCCUUGAAUGAACAAAUGAUACGAAAAUUAUUAAGUCCAAUGUUAGAUUCUGAAACAUGUGCAGCUGAUAAUUGGCCAGGGAAUUUUAUUCAAAAUCCUACUACAAAUUUAUGUAUUCAUGUAUUAGCUUUGACUGCUGAUUUAGCUGCUGAUAAUUCGCAAUGGUUAACUUUAUAUUCUGAGUUACUUAGAAAGAAACAAAUUCAAAUGACAAUGGCAAAUGCAUUGUUCACUGGUGAUACAGACAUUAAACAAAAGGUUCUACAAUUGACAUCCACCAUAGGAUUUCCUCAAGAAUGUGUUUCCGCGGUGGCGCUUUGUAUGAAGCAACUGGAGCCUUUGAUAUUGGUACAAAGUACUCAUGGUAUGGUAACAAAUAUUGGAAGUAAAAUGUCCGUAAAUGCAAGUAGUGAAAUGGUUCCACUGUUUUCUUUCGUGCAAGAAGAACGGCUUGAUGCAUUUUUAGCAAAAUUGGAAAGAACUUAUGAGUCAAAUCAAAUCAAUGAUGUUACCACAUCAGCAGUAAUGGAAUUGUAUGAAUACAAGUUAGCAGCUAUGAGACAUGCAGAACGGGCUAUGCAAUCUAGUUUAGAAGCAGCAAACAAUCAUGGAACUAGUUUGCAACAUAGGCUGGCACAAGUAGUAGCAGAAUCAAGCCGUUUACAUCAAAUGUUGUUUGACACACAACAAUGCUUAGAAGAAGUGAAGUCUACAUUGACUGUAAAGCUUGCUGAAGCAGAAGAACAGAAUAAAAAAGUAGUAGCUAUUAAAACACAGGAAAUCGAAGGUUUAGAAAAGAUAGUAACAGAAAAGACUGCUAACAUUGAUCAUCUAAAUAUAGUACUCAUGCAACAUAAGCAUGAAUUAGAAAGUACUUUAAAUAGAAUUGAAACAUUAACUAAAAAAAUAAAAGAGUUAGAAAUUGAAUGUGUGACUGCAGAUGCAAAAACUAAGGAAAUGUCUAAUAAGAAUCACGAACUCAGUAAACUGCUUCUUAAAAGGCAGGAUCAGUUAAAUAAAAAGGAUCAGGUAAUAGAAUUAAAAAUUGCGGAAAUUCAGUCUAAUCAAAAAGAUAUAUCUGCACUCAAACAAGAAACUCAACAAUUAUCAGAAUUAGUACAUACAUAUGAAAAGAGCAUUGCUGAAAAAGAGGAAAUAAUUAAGAAGAUGAAAGCAGAAUUGAUGGAUUUAAGUCGGAUGCGUGACAUGAUUUUCGAACUUACUGCCAAAAAAAAGGAAGACCUAAACACAAGCUAAUAUUAUAUUUUUGUUGCAAAAUUUAUUUUCAAAUUAUCAAAACAAUUUGAUAGGAAUUUUUAAAGAAAUAUUUCUUAUUGAUACCAUUUUCUUAUAUUUUUAAUAUAAGUAAUAGAAAAAUAAAUUUCGUUAAUUUCUAAAACAUUUAUCGAACAUCUCAAAAUAUCGUGUUCUAUUUUUGUCGUAUUUAUAGACACUAAAUACGCCUUAUUUUAGGAAAGGAAGUUUACUGGCAAAUUUUAUCUGCUUUCUGACGUUCGAAUCUUUCAAACAAAAAGUAGCAUAUGGUUGGAAAGCUGUUCCCCGUUUUUCUUUGUGAUCUAUACUGUGAUGUAAAAUGGUAGUUUUCCAAAUUUAGCGAUUAUAUAGUUUGUUAGCAGUAAAAUUUGAAGAAAAUAGAAAAAGUGGAGAAAGUGUGAUUGUAUAUGUAGUUAUUCUUUGAACAAAAUUAUCUGCACUGUUUACAACGAUAAUACUUCAUCUAUUUAUUAUUACAAUUCUACCGGUACAAGGUACAUUUUUAUCUUUAUCAUUCGCAACAUAAUUAAUGCUUUUGGUAUUAAAAGAAUAGAGAUUACUUAUUUUAUACAUGUAAUAUUUUAUUGAAACAAAAUAUAUAGCUCGAAAAUAGUUGAAAAUGCAAAAGAAAGUGUUUCGAAAAUAUGCAAUCGGAAAAGAUCUUACCGCAUUUACUUUCAUUUUGUUUAAGAAAAAAGUUUAUUGAACUAUUGGAAAACCAGUGUCACUUGCAUUGGUAUAUUAUAAGUAAUUAAAAACUUCUCAAUAAUUUUUUGCGGAGGUAUUGCUUAUAUUUUGACAUCUAUUAAAUGAUAGCUUGUAUUAGUACAUAGAUGUGUAUUGUUUUAAAAUAUUAUUGUAUAUGAAUAAUUUAUAUAAUAUUUUUUCGACAAUAGAAGGAAAUAGCAUUCUUAAAAAGGAUUCGUUAAGAAUUCAAUGAAAGAUUAAUUAAUUUUAUUUAUUUUGAUGUUUAUUUUAAUGUUGGAGCUACAUAGAAUAAUAUAUAAUGAGUAAUUAGCAUUAAUUCUAAUUUAACAUGUGCUAGUUUUACUUACAUAUACGUGUAUAUUUUUAUAUAUUAUCCCUCAAUAACAAUAUAUUAUACCCAAUUUAUAUUCACCAUUUUUCUGUAUUUUGUAUUGAUAAAACAUUUAUCAUAUUAUAUCUAUUUUAAAAUCAAUGAUUUGAAGACAUAAAAAUUUAUUCCUAUACAACUGAAAUACUGAUAUUAUUUUCAAUAUUUUAAAUUGAACAUGGAUAAGAAUAUAAGCUAUACUUGUAGAAUGAAUAAUAUUCUUGCAAAAACAAAUUUAUAUAACUAAAAAGAUUAAAUAUAAUAUUAUAGCAGAGUAAUAAUAAUGAUUACAGAGAUACAGAUUACAGUUUAUCUUGAACAAUUGAAAAUAAAGCAUGAGGGGGAGAGGAGAGAGAUUCUGUUACUUCACAAUUUAAAUCGUAAUAUCAUUCUGUUGCUAAAAAGUGAAAUUAUUAAUUCAAUUGUUUCUGGGUGUAUGUGUGCGUGUGUAUACCUUAUCAGUUAGUUAAAACACAUUAAUGUACUAGUUACAAAAUCUAGUUUCAUUAGCUUUGAUAACAGAAGCGAUAAUUAGGUUCAAAGUAAUAUUAAUGCUUUGAAAAAAUUACUUAUCUAAAUUCGCUUACUCAUUUGCAACGUACUAUUCUUUAUUACUUUUCUAACUAUUGCGAAAUUUGUUUGAAUAAUUUAAAAAUUGAAGUUUAUUAAAUUAUAUCAUUCAAUGAAAUAAAAUGUAAUAGGCAUAUUAAGAUAAUUAUGUAUGCAUAAACUAAUCGAAGAUAUCUGCAUUGGAUUAAACACAAACACAACUUAUAUAUAUUAUAUUCAAUAUGUUUAGUACAAUCAUAACGAGACAUCAAUAACAAGCUUCUUAAAGAUAUAUACGAGCAAGAAUGUAUAAUCUACUUCGAGUCAACAAAACAAAUAGACCAUUUUUUAAUGACAUCGUAAUGACUGUGAAAUUAUCAUAAUAUUUAUUUUUGCACUUUCUUGUUUCUAGACAUAUUAUAGUUUAUGUACUAAAUAUAAAUUCAAGAAUUGAAAACUAGGAAUGACACGGAUACACUGUGUUUUCGAUAUAAGAGAAAUAUUCAUUAAUUGCUUAAUGUGAGUGUGGGAGUAUAAUGUGUUCGAAAACUAUAUUAUAAUAUUUCGGUGGAUAUUAUUUAUCUGAGAAAUUUCAAUGAGGAAUUUUCCUGAUACAUAGUUAUCAACCUUGAAAUAAAUGCUAUCAUAGACGGAACUUACGCAAAAUAACUUA